AUGGGUUACCGAGAGCUAAGCCCGGAGCUGCUAGCAAGAGCCCAGAAGGAGCUGAAUGAAGACCCGAAGAGGAGGGACCAAGACAUCCAGCACAUCAAAGACUGGCUGAAGAAACAACCGCACAUCAAGGCGCGUAUGGACGACCAGUGGCUGCUGACGUUCCUGCGCGGCUGCAAGUUCUCGCUGGAGCGCACCAAGGAGAAGCUCGACAUGUACUACACGGUGCGCCGGCACCUGCCAGAGCUGUUCGCCAACCGGGACCCCUUCUCUGCCGACAUACAGAAGAUCCUCUCAGCCGGGGUGUUAACGAAACUGCCACAGACAGAUGCCCAGGGCAGGCGUGUGAUCCUGAUGAACGUGGGAAAACUUCCGGCAGGAACAGUUCCCGCCGAAGCUGCCUUCCGGACCAACUUUCUGGGACUCGACAUAUCACUUCUGGAGGACGACGAAGCCAUCAUCUGUGGUCAAGUGGUCAUCCAAGACAUGAAAGACAUCACGCUUGGCCAUAUGACUGCCAUUACACCCUACUUCAUGAAGCGUGUGGCUACCUGCUUCCAAGAGGCCUACCCUCUGCGACCCAAGGGAACGCACGUAAUAAACGUUCCUCCUGGUGUCGAGAAGUUUAUUAGCCUGUUCCAGAGCUUCAUGAAGGAGAAGCUGAGACGAAGGGUGUUUAUUCACUCGAGCAUGGAGACGCUGUACGAACAUAUUCCGAAGAAAAUCCUUCCUCAGGAGUACGGCGGGGAAGCGGGUCCGAUCGAGGAAAUGCAGAAGGCCUGGAAGGCUAAGGUGGAGAGCUACAGCAGCUUCUUCAAAGAAGACGCACAGUUCGGCGUGGACGAAUCGAAGAGGCCCGGCAAGCCCAAGACAAUGACCGACCUCUUUGGAUUGGAAGGAUCCUUCAGGCAGCUAUCGCUCGACUGA